AUGUAUAUAGACCUUAUUCUUCCAAUUAUUGAUCUUGGUUUAUACUUGAAAGAUAAGAAUUCUGAAUUGGCAAUUGAAGAAUGUCAUAAAACAGCAAAAGCAUUAAAAGAUUAUGGUGCCUUAUUGAUUAAAGAUCCUCGUGUGACGGAAGAUGAUAAUUCCAGGUUUUUAACAAAACUUAAAGAUGCGCGUCCAGAAGUUGGAUACCAAGUUGAUGCAACACCUGAAUUGAUAGAAGAACCAAAAUGUCAUCGUGAUAUUAAUUGUCAAAAGAUAAUUGAACAAAUCCCAAAAGAAAGUCGACCUUUGAUUUCAGAAAGACCUGAUCCAAAAUGGAGAUUUUUUUGGAGAAUUGGUGAGCUUCCUGAACAAACAAAGUUUCCACAACUUAAUUCUGAUCCUGUUGUGCCUGAAGCUGUUGUAGAUCUGGUGGAAAUGACAUCUGUUGGAUUUGGAAUGCCUGCAAAUUAUUUACCAGAUCUUACAAAAAAAGGACCACAUCUUUUAGCACCUACUAGAAGUGAUUUAAACAAAUAUGGAAAACUUGGAACCAUAUUAGCUGGUGAAUUGGCAAAAUAA